CUCCUCUUUAUAUACCUUCCAAUCCCAACUGUAUGUAUCAUAAUCAUACCCCUUUUCUAGUAGCCAAAUCACCAACUGACGAGUAUAAGCUCUCCUUUUCCUCCAGACAUGGUCGGCGUUUUCAGUCGCUCUCUCAGUUUCCCAAACAAGAUUCCCAGCCGCCCGUCGCCCAAACCACGCAUUUCCCGCCACAUCAGGUCCAUCAGUCUGCCCUGCCGAUCUCACCCUCUGAUUUCCCAGAUCAAAGAUGACAUCAUCCGCCUCACCUCAUGGUCUUCUACUUCCAAACUCCACCCGCAAACAACCACCAACCUUUGCCACUCUCUGAGCCUUCUGGCCCAACUCCACAGCACCCUCCAAGAUAUCUUCCAGCUUCCCCAUACUCAGGAGUCCCUCCGCCGCCAGCCCCGCUGGGUCGAGCAUCUUCUAGAAGAUUUCCUCCUCUUCGUCGACGUCCACGGAAUAUUCCAAUCCUCUGUUCUGGCUCUCAAAGAACAGCAUUCGGCUGCUCAGAUGGCCGUAAGGAAGAGAGACCACUCCAAGGUGAUUCUGUACGUGAGGGCUAGGAAAAGGAUGGCCCGGGAGAUGGAGAAGCUGGCGUCCAAAAUCCGAUGUGUGGAGCACAAUUAUGGCGUGACGACAACGACAACGUUGGUGCCGGUUGGAGAUGCCGAGCUGGCAGGGGUGAUCGUGGAUGUUAUUCGUGUGACGGCGUGCGUUUCGGUUGCUCUGUUCAGCGGCAUCGGAUCAUCGUUAGCGUCGAGGAAGUUGUCGUGGGGGCAGCUGGUGAAGCUGUCGAGGAAAGGCAGGAGUGAGAGAAGCGAGCAGGAAGGCAUCAAAGAGCUGCGGGUGGAAAGCUUGUGCAGUCUGAAAAAGAAGGGCGACGAAGAGGUGAGAUCUGCUCUGAAGAGAAUGAGAGAUUUGGAGGGUUCUAUCAGCCUUAUUGAAACUGUUAGCGACAGAGUUUUCAGGGCUUUGAUCAACUCCCAGGUUGCUUUGCUAAACACUCGCGCGCACUAGGCAGCUCCACUGUGAUUUUGAAACCAAUGAGAAUUCUUCUUAGCUGUAUGCUAGGGCAUAUAUAUGCAAAUAUACGCAAAAAAGGAAAAUUAAAGGGAGU